UUCCUCUUCAAGAGCUCGGGCUGCAAAGGAAACCUCCUUUGUUUUUGUUAUUUAUAUGCUGUCAAGUUUUGAAGUGGUCACAGGGAAAGCUUGGCCUGGAUUGUGAGAGCCAUAUGGAACGGAUAAGUGCGGAGCCUCUCUCAAAUGUGAUCUUUAGAGGCGGGACUGAGUAUGGAUCAUUUGAACGAGGCAACUCAGGGGAAAGAACAUUCAGAAAUGUCUAACAAUGUAAGCGAUCCGAAGGGUCCACCAGCCAAAAUUGCGCGCUUGGAACAGAAUGGGAGCCCAUUAGGAAGAGGAAGACUUGGAAGUACAGGAACUAAAAUGCAAGGAGUGCCUUUAAAACACUCUGGACACCUGAUGAAAACUAAUAUUAGAAAAGGAAGUAUGCUUCCAGUUUUCUGUGUAGUGGAACAUUAUGAAAAUGCCAUUGAGUAUGAUUCAAAGGAGGAGCAUGCAGAAUUUGUGUUGGUGAGGAAGGAUAUGCUUUUCAACCAGCUGAUUGAAAUGGCAUUGCUAUCUCUUGGAUAUUCUCAUAGCUCUGCUGCCCAAGCAAAAGGGCUUAUCCAGGUUGGGAAGUGGAAUCCAGUUCCACUCUCCUAUGUGACAGAUGCCCCUGAUGCUACAGUAGCAGACAUGCUGCAGGACGUGUAUCAUGUAGUCACACUGAAAAUCCAGUUACACAGUUGCCCUAAACUAGAAGACUUGCCUCCUGAACAAUGGUCUCACACAACAGUAAGAAAUGCUCUGAAGGACUUACUGAAGGAUAUGAACCAGAGUUCAUUGGCCAAGGAAUGUCCCCUUUCGCAGAGUAUGAUUUCUUCCAUUGUGAACAGCACUUACUAUGCAAAUGUCUCAGCAGCAAAAUGUCAGGAAUUUGGAAGGUGGUAUAAACAUUUCAAGAAGGCAAAAGAUAUGAUGGUUGAGAUGGAUAGCCUUUCUGAACUAUCCCAGCAAGGUGCCAACCAUGUCAACUUCGGUCAGCAGCCAGUCCCAGGGAACACAGCCGAACAGCCUCCAUCUCCUGUUCAGCUUUCUCAUGGUAGUCAACCAUCAGUUCGGACCCCACUUCCAAACCUGCACCCUGGACUUGUAUCUACUCCCAUUAGCCCUCAGCUGGUAAAUCAGCAGCUGGUAAUGGCCCAGUUGUUGAACCAGCAGUAUGCAGUGAACAGACUUCUAGCCCAGCAGUCCUUAAACCAACAGUACUUGAACCACCCUCCUCCUGUCAGUAGAUCCAUGAACAAGCCGUUGGAGCAGCAGGUCUCAACGAACACAGAGGUGUCUUCCGAAAUCUACCAGUGGGUCCGUGAUGAAUUGAAACGAGCAGGAAUCUCACAGGCAGUAUUUGCACGUGUGGCUUUUAACCGAACUCAGGGCUUGCUUUCAGAAAUCCUCCGAAAAGAAGAGGAUCCCAAGACUGCCUCGCAGUCCUUGCUGGUAAACCUUCGGGCUAUGCAGAACUUCUUGCAGCUGCCAGAAGCAGAACGAGAUCGAAUUUACCAGGACGAAAGGGAAAGGAGCUUGAACGCCGCCUCUGCGAUGGGCCCGGCGCCUCUCAUAAGCACACCGCCCAGCCGGCCUCCACAAGUCAAAACUGCUACUAUUGCUACAGAGAGGAAUGGAAAACCGGAAAACAAUUCCAUGAACAUUAAUGCUUCCAUUUAUGAUGAGAUUCAGCAGGAAAUGAAGAGAGCUAAGGUGUCCCAAGCACUGUUUGCGAAGGUUGCGGCAACCAAAAGCCAGGGGUGGCUCUGUGAGCUGUUACGUUGGAAAGAAGAUCCAUCACCAGAGAACAGGACCCUCUGGGAGAAUCUCUCCAUGAUCCGAAGGUUCCUCAGUCUUCCUCAGCCUGAACGCGAUGCCAUUUAUGAACAAGAAAGCAAUGCAGUUCAUCACCAUGGUGACAGGCCUUCCCACAUUAUCCAUGUGCCAGCAGAACAGAUUCAGAGCCCCUCUCCCACCACCCUUGGGAAAGGAGAGCAUAGAGGCGCUUUCCUACCAGGCCUGCUGACCGCUGGACCUUGGCUGGGUGCUGCUCCGCAGCAGCAGCAGCAGCAACAGCAACAACAGCAACAGCAACAGCAACAACAACCAGGUCCCAGACUACCCCCAAGGCAACCAACAGUAGCAUCACCAGCUGAAUCUGAGGAUGAAAAUCGUCAGAAACCCCGACCGCGAACAAAGAUUUCUGUUGAGGCCCUAGGGAUCCUACAGAGUUUCAUACAAGAUGUAGGCCUGUAUCCAGAUGAAGAAGCAAUCCAGACUCUCUCCGCUCAGCUUGACCUGCCCAAGUACACCAUUAUCAAGUUCUUUCAGAACCAGCGGUAUUAUCUCAAGCACCACGGGAAGCUGAAGGACAAUUCUGGUUUGGAGGUGGAUGUUGCAGAAUACAAGGAAGAAGAGCUGCUCAAGGAUUUAGAAGACAGCAUCCAAGACAAAAAUGCAAACACGCUUUUUUCAGUUAAACUAGAAGAAGAGUUAUCAGUAGAAGGGAACACAGAGAUUAAUGCUGAAUUGAAAGACUGAUCUAAAAGUAUUAUUUUCUUUCAACAGUGCCACUGGUAUUUACUAAUGAAAUGAAAAUUCCAUAUUGCAUUGUGUCAAAAACCCUUAUUAUUCAUUGUUUGGCCAAUGAAUCUUCCAAAACUUGCACAAAAGUUGAAAAAAAGGAUAAUGCAGACUGCACUAGAUGUUUUACUCUGUUUUACAAACUGCUUCGCAGCAACAGAUGAAGCGUUGAGGAUUGUUUGAUAUUAAUUUGUGUUCACUGGAUACACUGUGAGUGUACCCAAUAAGCAUGAUACCAGUGAUUUUGAUUCUGGAGCCUUCAGACAAGCAUUACAACUUUUGUGAUUUACUGUUUUUUUGUUUCUGUUUUGUUCUUGAUUUUAAUUAUUACUGUAGCACUCCACACUUGAUCUUUGAAAAUCACAUUUAUUUAAAAAAAUAAAAUAAAAAGAGUUUGUUACUCUUGUUCUAUUGUAUGUUACAAAAGAACUAUAGACUGUGGAAUGCAGUUUAAAGAUAACAUAUGCCAACAAAUGCCUUGUAUUAUAUGGCACUGCCGUAAUUCAGAUUUGUUUUCUUUUGGAAAUAAAGGUCACUGUAUUUUUUUUUCCAUUCUCAUUGUUACAUGGUUUUAGAGAAAAUGAAAAAGAAAAUGUGAAACACAAUUUAGUCCUCAUUAUUUAUUUGUAGAUCCUGCAGCAUCAUGUUGUAAUUAAUUUUUUUGGAAGUUUCCGUUAAAUGUAAUAUUGCUUCUCUUGUUACCAUACUGAUUUUUUUUCUAUUUAUAAAUGUAUUUUGAUGGGCAGUAAAACAAAGUGUCUUAAAAGUUUUAAAUAGAGAAAAUGUGCUUUACACAGUUGCCUAUAAAAAGUGCUCUAUGUUAUCCAAGCAAUUCAUACUAUAAGCUUCACUCUUAUUGUUGUAUGCAAUUUUUACUAUCAUGCAAAUAAGCUUAGGUAAAUAAAACUAAUAGAUCACCUUAGAAACUUAUGCAAUUAAUGUGAAAAUAAUUGAUGUUUGCAAUGUGUCUUCCUUUGGUUUACAAUCAAUU